CAACAACAACAACAACAACAACAGCAAGUCUAACUCCAGUCGCACCAGUAGUCAUUCCCAGGCCCAGACAGUAGCGUCAGCAUUUCAGUAUCCGGUACUUGCAACGUGUACCAGCCCCGUCACGUGGAGACCCGGCGAGAACGCGUAGCUUCAGUCAGCAAUUUCAAUACUGCAACAGUAGGAGUAGCCAGGACUCGAAAGAUCACAAAAUAAAAUCGAUUCAUUCUUGUUUAACAGCCAGUACAGUGCAGUCGCGUUUUUUAAAAACUUAGAUCCGAUAAUCCGACCUUUAACUGGCGCAGUCGGUAGGAUCGGUUUAAGUGCAGUGAAGUGAAAAGUGCGAAUUCCCGGCAUAAGCCAUCUGCGACGGCUCAUCGUGGAUUAGAGGAAGCGCCUAGAACUGUCACCGCCAAAAACCGAGGGAACAUCGGUUGGAUUAUAGAAAUUAAGAUGAAGCUCCACACCGUACUAGUAAUCACCUUAUAUCUCUCUCAUAAUCCAAGCCAUGCCUUCCGUUCUAUUCAAAUUUCCAACCUACAUCUCAACCCAGGACUAGUAACUAUUCAAAAUGGAUACAGCUUCCUAAAAAUAGGCGAACACAAAUUAUUUCACGUAAUCGAUCUCGACAGAUAUACUCCUAUUCUUGAGAAACUACUAUCUAGCAUAAAAGAUAUAGAAGUUUUAGGAAAUUUCACAGAAAUGACCGAACUGCUGCGGAUGAAGUUACGCAGACCUCAGAAUCUUCUUAAAGAAAUGUUACCAAGAAGAUCAAAAAGAGGAUUGUUUGACUUUAUUGGCAGCGGAAUAAAAAAAAAUCACGGGAAACCUAGAUAACGAUGACCUCGUCCGUAUAUCGCAAGACCUCGAACACCUCCAGAGUAGCAAAACAUUAUUAAUUAGAGAAAAUAAUCAGCAAGUCAAGGUAAACAAUCAAUUUCAGGAUAGAAUAAAUGUGAUCCUCAACGUACUCAAGAAACAACAGGAACAAAUUACCCAACACCUAAUGACAGCCAAGAAUGAAAUCGACACGAGAAGAAAUUUCUCCUUAGUAAGGCAAAUACUAAAUGUAAAUCUCAAUAUCGAUCUUUUAUCAAACCACCUACAAGAAAUAUUCGAAGCCAUUCAGCUGGCCAAACUGAAAGUUAUAUCCAAGCAUAUCUUAUCAACCAAUGAACUAGAUUUUGUCAUUAAGAGAUUCGAGGAACAAGGCAUAGCGAUAACUAGUACAGACGAAAUAUACAAUUUCCUAGAAUUAAAAGCAUUUCACAAUCAAUCACUGUUAACUUUUAUUGUCUCAAUACCGCAAACUGAAAAUUCUAUUUAUAACCACCUAUUACUAGAACCAUUACCAGUAGGACAGAAAAUACUGAAGCCACCUGCGUCAACCGCCCUGCAGAGCAUCUCAGCCACCUACUUCGUUAUAUCCGACUGUCAGCGAGUGCAAAACAAUUACCUGUGUACCCCCGACAACCUGGUAAACUUCACCGGAGAUCCUUGCUUUUCCAAGUUGCUUCAAGGAUCGUCCGGAAACUGCACCUUCUUAGAAUGCACAAAUCCCACCGGAAUAAUCAAACUCACCAACAACCAUCUUCUACUUAAACAAGUUAAAUCGUUGGAAGUGAAGUCAUCCUGCGACUUAAGUAAUAGGAACCUCUCCGGUACCUUUUUAAUAGAGUUUCAUAAUUGCUCAAUAAGCCUGAACGAUACGCAGUAUAAUAACAUCGAGCUGGUCAGGACCGAACCGAUGACCAUCUUGCCCCUCGAUGGCCUCGUCAUAUACGAAAAACAUUCCGAAUCAACCUUGAACCUAACAGACAUCCACCUAACCAACAGAAAAAUAAUCGAGGAGAUCAACUACACGAGCAACCUAAAGACAGGUGUAUCAAUCACCAUGUCUACUACAAGCAUUGUUGUUGCAGUAGCUAUCGCUUUGAUCCUUAUUCUACGGAAAAGGUCACGUAGCGUGCAACAAACUAUCAAUAUUCAAUCAGAUACAGUAACAAAGCCCAACAUCCCGGCAAAAGGCAAUAAACCAGAGCAAAUCUUGAAUCGGGACGAUUCAAUUCCUAAGGAAGGACGAGUUAUGUUCAAAGGUCUCGUAGGACUUCACACACCGCCACCACCAACAACAACAACAACAACAACAACAGCAAGUCUAACUCCAGUCGCACCAGUAGUCAUUCCCAGGCCCAGACAGUAGCGUCAGCAUUUUAGUAUCCGGUACUUGCAACGUGUACCAGCCUCGUCACGUGGAGACCCGGCGAGAACGCGUAGCUUCAGUCAGCAAUUUCAAUACUGCAACAGUAGGAGUAGCCAGGACUCGAAAGAUCACAAAAUAAAAUCGAUUCAUUCUUGUUUAACAGCCAGUACAGUGCAGUCGCGUUUUUUAAAAACUUAGAUCCGAUAAUCCGACCU